UUGGCUGUUAAUUCUACAGACAGUGGUGAUAACAGGUGAUGGGAGGAAAGCUACGUCCCAACAGACGACUCAGGCUGGAGGGCGUUGUGCUUUACAACAACGACCCUUUGUCGCCCAGACUUGCUAUAAAGCGGCCGAUCGCUUAUGUGACUCAACACGACAACGUGCAUUUGCCGUUUUUCACAGUCCGAGAAACUAUCGAGUUUGUUCAACGGUGUGCUCUAUGGCAGCGUUGUAUGCCACAGUCCAAUGCUGUACAGGGCCGGGACUCGUACGUGGACUACAUCCUACACAUGUUUGGUCUCAAAAAGAUUGAAAACGAACGGGUUGGGACUCUUGCUGAUAGCAUCAAGGAUAGCGACCGAAACAGACUGGCAACUGCGGAGAUUGCUAUGGGUACAUAUUCUGUGUUGCUGUAUGAUCAGACUAGUUCUGGACAGGACUCGCUUAUCACGUAUGACUUGCUUCAAAUGCUGCAAAGCGUGGUUCACGUACAGCAUUGUGCCGCCGUCAUAUCGCUGGUUCAGAUUUCACCGGAAUCGUUCGAUCUUUUCGACCGUGUUAUCCUUCUCAGCGAGGGUGAGGUUCUCUAUCAAGGCCCGCGUGAAUGCGUCGAGAGCUACUUCUUAAAGCUUGGGUUCAAGAAGCCCGCUCAUGUAGAAUCUGGAACAUUUUUACAGGAUAUUGCAGCUGGCGAGGGUGGACAGUAUUCACAGCAGCCUUCAUCGCUUAGUAUUGAGGAGCUUAUAAAGUUCUAUAAAGGAUCGGACUACUAUAAAGACGUUUUUCGGCUUGUUUCAAGUGAAAAGGCGACUCAAGCAACCUUAUUCAGAACUUCUAGCAUUCGUGCUUCGCUGCAAGGGAAUGAUGUGUUGGUGACGGAAGCUCCGAGUGUAGAAAGUUGUGCUUGCGUUCGUGUUGGCGACAAGGUGACAGGAGUUUGCGAGCGUAAUGAAGAAUUUCAGUAUGUUGAGAGCUCGGAUUCAGCUUCGAAAGUCUCCUACAUGUUAAAGGCAUCGUAUAGCUCCAUCCUUUUACAGUUGGAGCGAAAUCUCGAUGAGGCAGGCAAUGCUAUGUAUUAUCAAAGACACUUCGGAUGGCAACAAUUUUGUUCGUGGUGGUUGUCGACCUGGUGUUUGAUCCGGCGUCAAACAAUAUUUGUAAUGCGACUUAAGGGAUUAGCUAUUGUACGACUUCUCCAGAUUCUUUUAGUCGGCUUGUUCACUGGUUCCUUGUUCUAUCACAAAGGAGGCAGACUUGAUCAAUACGAAAUGAAUUCUAUGAGAACGAUUGGAUUUAUAUCUAUGAUGACUUUAAUGUUAAUCAACAUCGUCCAGCUUCCGGUCCAUAUAGUGUUUCAUCGACCCGUUUUCUACAAGCAGCAAGGUCAACACUUAUUUCCUGUUUCUUCGUAUGUAGUAGCACAUGCCAUUUUGAACAUUCCUCAAUCAGUUAUAGAGGCACUGCUUUACAGUUUGUGCGUGUAUUUUUUAGCUUCGCUGUCUAAAGAGAAGGCAGCACAUUAUGUUCAGUACUUAGGAUUGAUUUUUGUCACUGCUUAUUUGGGCUCACUUUGGAUGUUGUUGGUAGGUGCCAUUGCACCAAUGCUGGAAGUAGCCACAACGAUGGGAGGUUCAUUUGUCGCUUUGAACCUUCUAUUUUCGGGCUCCACUAUUAUUCCAAGUGUAAUCAGCUGGUACUGGCGAUGGGUUCUAUACAUUACACCAACUCGUUGGGGAAAUGUCAUUUUUACAUCGACUCAAACCGAUAACCGCUAUGAAUUACCUUGCACACUUUACCGCACGUAUCCAUUCUGUCUUCUUCAUCCAACACUUUCUCUUGGCCAAGCAUUUCUCAAGUAUUAUGAGCUAGAAGCUGGUGGAAAAAGGCUUGUUCUCGCAUUCGGAGUCAUCGUUGCAUAUAUUCUGGUUCUCAUUUAUUUGGCAUAUCUUGCGUACAGCAAAGUCCGGAUACAGGAAACGGCAUCGGCUAUACCAAGGCAGAAACAGUAUGUUCGCGGCCCCAACAAUGUGGAACAAGCAGAGAACGGAGGUACACGAGCACCUGGGAGGUGGACUUGCAAGUUAUCUGUCAAGCCUGUAACGCUCUCCUUUCACCAGCUGAGGUUCACCAGGCGGGGCGUGCGAUCUUCUUUUGAGCAAGUAGUAUUGGACAACGUCUCUGGCUAUGCCAAGCCAGGGACAAUGCUAGCAAUUGCUGGGGGCACACGGUCGGGCAAGGCAACGUUGCUCAACUGCAUUGCAGGCAGGCUACCACCCGGCAAGCUCGAGGGUGACGUUUCUUUAAACGGUUUGAAACUGGACAGACUCGCCAUCUGCCGGAUAUCUGGAUUUGCUGAGAAGUUGGAAGCUCACCAACAGUAUCUUACUGUCAGAGAGUCCCUGGAGUUCAGUGCAAAUCUCAGGCUGGGAAAACAAAUCAGUGCGGACGACAAAGCUCGGCAUGUGACGGAGGUCCUGGAACUUUUGGGAUUGUCAGCUAUGAGCAAUCAACUUGUUGGCAACUUGAAGCUCGUCACUGCUCGAAUCCAGGAGACAAGAAGGAAACUUACUAUAGCUGUGGAACUCGCCGUCAACCCCGGCAUACUUUUCUUGGAGGAUCCCACGGCGCAGCUGGAUGGCACUAGCUCCAGAGAGAUUCUGAGACUGCUCCAGAGUGUUGCUUUAAGCGGGCGUACUAUCAUCAGCAUGCUGGAUCAUCCCAGUGGAGAGGCACUCAGCGUGUUUAACGAUGUGUUGGUACUAGCUAUUGGCGGUCACACAGCCUAUUUCGGCCCCGUUGGCUGGAACUGCAAGCAAGUGCUGCACUACUUCACGUCAGUGCCGAGUUCACCACCUUACAACGAGCAGUGGAACCCUGUCACCUACAUCCUCGGAGCACUUGGCGGAGGCAUAAAGGAGCGAAAGCCAUUGCACGACUUCUCUCAGCUGUACCAGUCCAGUUCUCUGCAUCAGGCAAACGCGGAGGUACUCGAGAGGCUUCUCAAGCAGCAGCCAGAUCCCGAGCUCAAGAACAUCAGCUCUCGAUACGCAGCUUCGUUCAAGACGCAGGCAGCGAUGGUGUUCCUCCGGAACCAGCGUUUCUUAUGGAGGAACGUGACAUACACACUCCGCCGCCUCCUUGGGACCAUUCUCGUCGCUCUCGUCAUGGGAACACUCUACCUCAACAUCUCCGUGGAAAAGCUGCUGUCCAUGACGUCCGCCAGCCUCUUCCCGUAUAUCCAGCUGAUUAUGAUCUCCGGGCUCACGGCCAACAACGUUAUACCGCAGCUCGGAACGGACAGGCUCGUCUACUAUCGAGAGAACCGAGCAAGGAUGUACUCCCCGAUGCUGUAUCCGCUGUCCUGGGCCAUCGCCGAGGUUCCAUACUUGCUGCUCGGCACACUCGCCUUCGUCGGGAUUGGAAACGGCCUGGCCAACCUUGCCGUCGACUCCGUGUCCGCGUUCGUCCAGUACUGGAUCGGCCUGUUUCUCUUCACCCUGGCCGUGACUUACUUCGGCAUCUUCGUCACGCUGCUGUUUCCAAACUCGCUGCUGGCCAUGACGGUCUCGUCGAUAUCGACUUCGGUGUGGGUGGCGUCCUCGGGGGUCUCCAUUCCGCGCUACAACAUCCAGUUUUACAAGUGGCUCUACUGGAUCAACCCGUAUCAGUACGCCGUCAAUAUCCUCACCACGACUGCGUUCCACUGCGACACCGGAACUCCGGCGUGCAAUGCUUGCACGAUCGGCGCGAGUUGUCCUGGAUGCAAGUGCAAGAGGCUGGUCGACUUGGAGAAGAAGCUGGUGCAAAUCUAUGGGCCGGUCUUCAGCCAGUUCAUUCGAGCAAGCUUCGUGUGGGAGAGGCUGAGCAAGGCAAGAGUUCUUGAGAAGCACAGGAUUGGGAAGGACUUCCUGGCUCUGGCUUUCAUGGUGCUGCUCUUCGCGGUCCUGGCGAUCGUAUCCUUCGCGCGACUCAAGCACAACAGGAAGUAAAACUCACGACGUUCUCGCGACGCUCUGGGCUAUGACGAGAACUUUGGAGGACUAUAGUGAGAUGGUGGACCUUUCACGAUUGAGCUCAAGGCUUACGUACUUCAAUACGACAAUUUUUUUCUUUUCUUUUUUCACUCAGCUUUCGUGCGAAACUUCGGAAGAAAAAAUUAAGAUCGAUGGUGGCGGCUUGCUUGGAUAUUUGCGAGCGUCGUGGACUAACAUCUGGGAAGAAAUACUAUAAUAUUUCUAGAGA